GUGGCUGAUCCGGCACCAGAUGGUUUGGCACUGAAGUGGAAAAUGCACAUCAUAUAUGCAAGAACAAAAGGUUUUUGGCAUAUAUUCACAGGCCCCCACAAGGCAGUAAUGGAGGCUUUGAGUGGCAAGUGGUGACAGAUUCUGCAGUUCCGGCAACUGUUCAUUUUGAUAGCAUUUGCAAUUCUAUACAUCUCAAUUUCCUACUUCUUGGAGAAAGUAGUGCUGGGUACCAGUACUGCCUUGUAAGUCAUUAAAGCCAUGGGCAAUGCAGAGAGUCAAAAUGUAGAACAUCAGUUCUAUGGAGAGAAACAUGCCAGCCUCGGACGAAAACAUACAUCACGCUCUCUUCGUCUUUCAAACAAAGCAUCUCGACGGACCAGGCAUGCUUCUUCAGGAAAAAUUAUUCACAGGAACUCAGAAGUAAGCACAAGAUCUAGUAGUACUCCCAGUAUCCCUCAGUCAUUAGCUGAAAAUGGCCUGGAGCCUUUUACCCAAGAAGGCAACUUGGAGGAUUUUGGAAGCCCAAUCUGGGUAGACCGGGUGGACAUAGGUUUAAGGCCAGUUUCUUACCAUACAGAUUCUUCGGUCACUCACAGCAUGGACGGCAGUACAGUUCACAUGGCUGCAUCCAUACAGAGUAUGCCUAAUUCAGAAGAAGGCAGGCUUUAUGCGGAUGGAUAUUUGCCUGAAGGAGCUAGUAGGCAACAUUCAUACUCAACAAAUGGGACCACUUUCUUGGAGCCUAUGAGCUUCAAGAAAAAACGUUCAAAAUCUGCAGAUAUCUGGCGGGAGGACAGCUUGGAAUUUUCACUUUCUGAUCUCAGUCAAGAACACUUAACAAGCAACGAAGAAAUCUUAUGUUCUGCUGAGGAAAAGGAUGGUGAAGAAAAUCGUGGAAAAGAGGCCAGCAAUAAUCAUCAGCCGUUGGUCACCUGCCAGCGCGCCAAUUCCAUGAGUGAUUUGUAUUCUCCCCAAAACACAGCUGCUACAACAAAUGGUGGCCCACGAAACACUCCAAGAGGGUACUGUCGGAAUUUAGUAUCUCAUAUCCCAGAUAUUGGGAACCACAAUACAUCACCUACCACAAUGGAGAAUGUUCCCUCCUAUAGUAAUUAUAACACGCUCCCCUGCAGGAAAUCUCACUGCCUGUCUGAAGGGAUCACUCACCAAAAAAUGAGCCAUAGCAACAGUAUGCGUGGCAGAAGAGCAAAAACUACCCAGGAUGUGAAUACAGGUGAAGGGAGUGAAUUUGCUGACAGCGGGAUCGAGGGUGCAACUACUGACACGGAUCUCCUUUCCAGACGUUCAAAUGCUACAAACUCUAGUUAUUCUCCAACAACCAGCCGGGCCUUUGCAGGCAGUGACAGCGGCAGCUCUUCUACAGGUGAUGGGACCCGUCAGGGAGUCUAUGAGAACUUCCGACGGGAGCUGGAGAUGAGCAGUACCAAUGAUAACCUGGACGAAGCUGGUUCUGCCCUGAGUGAUGAACAGAGCAGUGGGACCUUAAGUUCCCCAGGACAGUCAGACAUUCUCCUUACUGCAUGCCAGGGAACUGUACGGAAAGCUGGAGCGCUUGCAGUGAAAAAUUUUCUUGUCCACAAAAAGAACAAGAAGGUGGAGUUAGCUGCACGAAGGAAAUGGAAGCAGUACUGGGUUUCCUUAAAAGGAUGUACGUUAUUCUUCUACGAGAGUGAUGGCAGGUCUAUAAUAGACCACAACAGCAUCCCAAAACACGCAGUCUGGGUGGAAAAUAGCAUUGUGCAAGCAGUGCCUGAGCACCCAAAGAAAGACUAUGUUUUCUGCCUCAGCAAUUCCCUUGGAGAUGCAUUUCUGUUUCAGACCUCUAGCCAAACAGAACUUGAGAACUGGAUCACAGCGGUUCAUUCCGCUUGUGCAACAGCAGUAGCGCGACAGCACCACAAAGAGGAUACUGUCAAACUGUUGAAAACAGAGAUUAAAAAACUGGAGCAGAAGAUUGACAUGGACGAGAAGAUGAAGAAAAUGGGGGAAAUGCAUUUCCUCAGCUUAUCCUCAGUCCGAGACUCCAAGAAGAAAAAAACCAUUCUUGAUCAGAUCUUUGUUUGGGAACAAAACCUGGAACAGUUCCAGAUGGACCUCUUUCGGUAUCGAUGUUACUUAGCUAGCCUUCAAGGAGGGGAACUGCCAAAUCCAAAAACGUUGCUUGCAUUUGCAAGUCGGCCAACGAAAGAUGCCAUGGGUCGUCUUGGAAUCUUUUCAGUGUCUUCCUUUCAUGCACUGGUGGCAGCUCGCACGGGUGAAUCUGGUGUCAGGCGGAGAACACAGGCUAUGUCACGAUCAGCAAGCAAACGAAGAAGCCGGUUUUCAUCCCUCUGGGGCCUGGACACUACUUCAAAGAAAAAGCAAGGGAGGCCAAGCAUUAAUCAGGUGUUUGGUGAAGGAGCUGAUUCUGUGAAGAAAUCUUUGGAAGGAAUAUUUGAUGAUACUAUACCAGAAAGCAAGAGAGAGAAAGAAGUACCAUUGACGGCUGUUCAUCCGCAUAAUCCUGACUCAGACAUCUGGGUUCAUGAGUACUUCACGCCAUCUUGGUACUGCCUCCCAAAUAACCAAUCAGCUUUAACUGUAAUCUACCCAGGAGACACAACGAGGGAUAUCCUGGAAAUGAUUUGUAAGGCACAUCAGCUGGAUUACUCAGCUCACUGUCUGCGUCUAAAGUUCCUGACAGGAAACCAAAUGCAAUUCUAUGUACCAAAGUCAGAUGAGGAUAUCUAUGAACUGUUAUAUAAAGAAAUUGAAAUCUGUGAAAAAGUUACACAACAAAUUCAUAUUGAAAAAUCUGACACAUUGUCAGAUAACUAUGGUUUUUCUCUGUGUUCUCUGGAAGAAGAAGGGAUUCGCCGGCUCUAUGUGAACAGUGUCAAAGAGACUGGUCUGGCUUUCAAGAAGGGCUUGAAAGCCGGUGAUGAAAUUGUUGAAAUUAAUAAAAAAGGUGCCGAAGACCUGAAUUCAGCCAUGCUAAGAGAUCUUCUAGUUCAGCCUUCUCUAUGCCUUACAGUGCGGACUUAUCCUGAGUCAGACCAAAAGUUAACACAGCUACCACCACGCCGCACAGAUGGUUCUUUUGACCUGACCGACAGUCCUUCAAGAUCUGUCCAUAGCCAAGGACACUUUCUUUGCAGCGAACAAGACAACUGUGCUGAGACAACUCCAGAAGAGGCAGAAGUGCACAUCUUGGAAUCCUCUGAUGAGGCUGAUAAAACAGGCAAGAGUACAGAACAAGUUGCUGCUUUUUGUCGUAGUCUUCAUGAGAUGAAUCCAUCCGACUUGAGUGUCAACCCUCAGGAAUUUAUUGGCCCUCAGCAAGCCACAAGACAGCUAACUGAUGCUGAUAAAUUGCGCAAGGUUAUUUGUGAGCUCCUUGAAACAGAACGCACCUAUGUCAAGGAUUUAAAUUGUUUAAUGGAGAGAUACCUGAAACCUCUACAAAAGGAAACUUUCCUCACUCAGGAAGAGCUUGAUGUUCUUUUUGGAAAUCUGACUGAAAUGGUAGCAUUUCAAGUAGAAUUCCUGAAAACCCUUGAAGAUGGGGUGAGGUUGAUCCCUGACCUCGAAAAACUUGAAAAGGUUGACCAGUUUAAAAAAGUGUUGUUUUCCUUGGGUGGGUCUUUUCUCUACUACGCUGACCGUUUCAAGCUGUACAGUGCCUUCUGCGCCAGUCACACGAAGGUCCCAAAAGUCCUUGUGAAAGCCAAGAUGGACACUGCAUUUAAGGCAUUCUUGGAUGCUCAGAAUCCUAGACGACAACACUCAUCGACAUUAGAGUCUUACCUCAUUAAACCCAUCCAGAGGAUAUUGAAGUAUCCUCUUCUACUGAAAGAACUCUUUACCCUCACUGACGCAGAGAGUGAAGAACAUUAUCAUCUCGAUGUGGCCAUUAAAACAAUGAACAAAGUUGCCAGCCAUAUCAAUGAAAUGCAGAAAAUCCAUGAAGAAUACGGGGCUGUGUUUGACCAACUUAUUGCAGAACAAACAGGAGACAAAAAAGAGGUUGCAGAUCUUUCUAUGGGAGAUUUACUUUUGCAUACCACGGUAAUCUGGCUUAACCCUCCUGCGUCUCUUGGGAAGUGGAAGAAGGAACCUGAAUUGGCAGCAUUUGUAUUCAAAACUGCUGUGGUUCUUGUAUAUAAAGAUGGCUCCAAACAGAAGAAAAAACUGGGCGGAUCUCAUAGGGCUUCAAUCUAUGAAGAUUCAGACCCAUUUCGUUUCCGUCAUAUGAUACCUCUAGAAGCUCUGCAGGUUCGAGCACUGGCAAGCGCAGAUGCAGAGACCAAUUCUGUCUGCGAGAUAGUUCAUGUGAAAUCAGAGUCUGAAGGCAGGCCGGAGAGGUCAUUCCACCUUUGUUGCAGUUCUCCAGAACAUAGAAAGGAUUUUCUGAAGACGGUACAUUCAAUUCUACGUGACAAACACAGACGGCAACUCCUUAAAACUGAAAGCUUGCCUUCUUCCCAGCAGUAUGUUCCUUUUGGAGGAAAAAGAUUGAGUGCUUUAAAAGGUGCAAGGCCAGCUAUGAACAGGGCAGUCUCUGCUCCAAGUAAGUCUCUUGGGAGAAGGCGGCGGCGGCUGGCUCGGAACAGAUUUACCAUUGAUUCAGAUGCCGUUUUCGCCAGCAGCCCGGAGAAAGAGUCCCAGCAGGUGUCUAACAGCAAAGACACUGACCGCUGGGUAGAAGAACAGUUUGACCUCGGUCAGUACGAGGAGCAUGAGGACAUAAAGGAAACAGACAUUCUCAGUGAUGACGAUGAAUAUUGUGAGCCUCUGAGGGGUGCAAUAGUUGAAAAAGAACUUCAGGAGCAGUUGCAGGCAGCCUCUAUUACGAGCAACCAGUUGUGCCGAGGAGACAAAGGGCGCUGUGCCGGGGGCUCUCAUGCUCUGAGAAUGGCUCAGUUAAAGAAACAAGCUGCUCUGUCUGGAAUUAAUGGUGGUUUGGAAGGCAGCGAAGAGGUCAUUUGGGUUCGUCGUGAAGAUUUUGUGCCACCCAGAAAACUGAACACCGAGCUUUAGACCUGUUUUUCCUGUUAGAUGGUAGGCAUAGAUGUGCCCUUAACCCACCCCUUACACAUUGUGGAGAAUGCUCCUUUAGAAUGCACACUUGCACAUACAGUUAUGGCAGCUAAGCUGGUUAAAACCACACAGCCUCUGUUUUCCCCUUUAAGGUAAUGUAUAACAAGGGAAAAGGCAAACAAAAUUUUGAAAUGGAAUGAGCUUGAGUCCUUCUCUGUGCAUUACAAAGGGCUUUAUUUAUUCUAAACUAAUCAGGGGUAGCAUAUUGAAAUGGGAUGCAUAGAUAUUACUAGAAAACAUCUUGCUGUGGGUUUUUAAAAAAAAUAUGUGCAGCAAGUUAGCUUAAAUGAUAGCACAAGCAGCAAAUGAUUUUUAUAUGUGACAUGUCAAUCAUGGGUUCAUCUCCUUAAACAAGGAAGCUGCCUUUUCAGACUCCAUAGCUGCAGGAUUCUUAAUAAUUUUUCUCUGAAGGUUCAGAGAUUCUCACCCCGAUGCAGCAAAGGUGAUUCAUGCACAGAAAGAGGCUUCCAUGCAUGGACCAUCCUUCUUG